GUGUUCAGUACAGCGAAUCUGUCUGCGUAUCUCGCGAUGAGUAGGUUAAAGAGGAGCGCUCCACCACCACACCAACGUGUAUCUGCUUCUCCGUGACCAUCAGCUGGAAGCUGUCAGGCGGCUGGGCGCAGAGUUAUACAACUGAACUACGCUCCCUACUUAUAAUGGGUCGCUUCUCGUUCAAAAAGAGGGAUUCGACUAUUUCGUUGGGCUGCUGUCUCAUUCUGCUCGCCGCAUGUCGCGGGGCGGACGAAUGGACUUACGGAGACGGGGUCGCUCAAUGGCCGUACCUUCAGUUGAACGUGGAGAAUCAGUGCGGCGGAUACUACCAAUCACCCAUAAACAUAGUGGACAGGUGGACAAUCUACGACCAGUCGCUUGACGUCGUUCAGUACUACGGGUACCUGGACCCGUUGCAAAACGUAUCCAUUGUGAACAACGGGCACACGGUUGAAUUCUCUUCGAGUAAAGCCAGUCAAGUUGUGAUCACCGGCCGAGGCCUCAAUGGAGCGUACGGUUUUCAGAAAUUCCACUUCCACUGGGGAAAUCGCUCCAACAUCGGCUCUGAACACCAGAUCAAUGGCUUUGUCUUUCCCAUGGAGAUGCACCUGGUACACAUGAACAAGAAGUACAGCACGGGUGAAGAGGCCCUCAAGCAUCCCGACGGCAUCGCGGUCGUCGCGGUGUUCUUCGAGGUGAGCCGGAACGACAACCCGGCGCUGAGCAGCAUCGUGCAAGCUCUGCGCAAGAUGCGCAGUGAAAGCAGCACUCGAGCGAACCUGGCUUACAUUCCGCCUCUGCGACAGCUGAUGCCCCAAAACGCGCAGCAGUACUACCGCUACCAGGGCUCCCUCACCACUCCGCCGUGCUCCGAGGCGGUCACCUGGACAGUGCUCAGGAGUCCGAGCGGAAUCAGCGAAGCACAGCUGCAAGCCUUCCGUGACCUACAAGUCGCCCAUGGUAAUGGAAGCAGCACUGAAAACCUCGUCAACAACUUCCGUCCUAUCAAACCCUUGAAUGGCCGCUACGUCUUCAGGAACUUCCCAUAUUGUACGUGGUCGUGGCCCCAGUACCACUGCAUAGCCAACAACUCGUGCGGCGGGACGGAGCAGUCGCCGGUGAACAUCGAGACGUUCAGUGUGCUGCACGACAUCGCCAUGAAGGCGCUCGAGUUCGUGGGUCACGACGUGCCGUUCGACAACUUCACAGUCAACAACGACGGCCUUUCUCUGACCCUCAAGGCGUCACCACCAGACGCGACGACGAGGACGGUGCGGGGCGGUCGGCUGCCGGGCACGUUCGUGUUCCAGUACGCGCUCUUCCACUGGGGAUCCAGCUUGCGCCAGGGCUCCGAGCACCUUCUCGACGGUAUCGCCUACCCCAUGGAGGCUUCGUUCGUUGACUUCGAGUCGGUGAAGGCGAUGCGGACCAUCCUGGCUGCGGCGCUGAACUCCAGCGCCCCGAGCAAACGUCGUCGACGCCGCCUUCUUCCUUGGAUGGUGCGCCGCCUCAAGGGCAGUGGCAGCAGCGCAUCAGGGGACUCGGACAAGGACGUGCCUCGGCUGACGCUGGUCAGCCUGAUGCCACCUGUGAGCCGAGACGAGUUCUACACGUACCGUGGCUCGCUCACCAUGCCUCCGUGCACGGAAUCCGUCAGCUGGACCGUCUUCAACAGGCAGGCAUUCAUCUCUGAGUCACUGGCGUCCCGGGUGACAAGCCUUGCGGUCCUCAGCCCGACACUGCCACGCCGCCCGGUCCGCGGUGACGUCAGCAGGGUAGCCAGCCCGAUUACCGCAGCGUCUCUGCGGAAACCUCGCGCCGUUUUGUCUCCGACCCGGCCUCCUGGCUCGGCAGCGCCUAGUCGCGUGGGUAGCCCCACGGAAGGUUACGCCCCCGCGAAUCGUCCUGCCCGCUUUGUGGCACCUAGUCGUGCUGGAAGCCCCACAGUCGCCUACGCGGCCGCGAAGUGA